AUGAUACGUCCAUUUCCUUUCAGGCAAACAACACAGUUCCCUGGCAGCACAAAAACAUUGCUUCUAUUGCUAAAUCUCAAACGUUCAGAAACCCGUUGCUCCUCUGUGGACAUACCAUUCUACAUUUGUUAUUUGGAUGUUAUGGAUAGAAACAGCACUUACUCUCCAAUCACAUGGCCACCAAAGUUUUGGGAGCAGAUAACUAUAGCCUUCACAGUGUCCAUGGUGGUUGGACUGGUGAUUGGAGGGAUCAUCUGGGCAUUGUUCACUUGCUUGUCCCGUCGCAGAGCUAGUGCCCACAUUUCCCAGGGGAGUUCCUCAGCCUUCAGCCGUCGAUCCAGACCCCCCUCCCAUGGCCACACUACUGGCAGGACUGGAUUCUACCGCAACAGCAGCUGUGAACGUCGGAGCAAUCUCAGCCUGGCCAGCCUCACCUUCCAGCGGCAAGCUUCCUUGGAGCAAGCCAACUCAUUCCCCAGGAAGUCAAGCUUCCGUGCAUCCACCUUCCACCCUUUUCUUCAGUGUCCUCCCCUCCCCGUGGAAACGAACAGUCAGCUGAUCACCCUCACUCCCACAAGCACCACAACAACCCUUGUGGGAAGCACAACCAACAGCUUAAGGCAACCUGAAUUCCACUGGUCUAACAACAGCCUCCGCAUCUGCCACUCUACACAAACCCCCCCUCCUGCUUAUGAAACCAUCAUAAAAGCUUUCCCUGAUUCCUGAGUUAGAUCCUUGCUGCAAACACACAUGCAUUUUAGGAGGAACCUCAAUCAUCUCAACAGUUUUCUGUGUGUGAUGAAGAUCUCUGAGAAGUCUCCAGCUGGCGUUGCAGAGGGGACAUACAUUGCCUAGAUGCAGGUAGCAGUGGUUUCUUAAAGCACAACAUCCCACUGUCCAAGGGGCCACUUGUCUUCGCACUGUUGGCUCUAGUUUACUGCUCUGCCAUAUGCUUGUAUAUUUAUAGUGUUGUAUCUUUAAUUGUAACCACUGUAUCUUUACUUCAGAAGAAAGAAAAUGCUGCCACAUAAACAUCAGUUAAUUUCUUGAAGAAACAGAUCAUGCUAGGAAUUACUGUUAUACAUAUUGCUGCAAAUUUCACUAUUCUGUUUCAUUUCUUUUAUUAAAAAAAAAAAAAAUGUUCUUGUUUUAUGUAUUUUCCCAAGGAUGAUACAUUUUCAGAGAACAUCUCCCAUUACUCACCUACUUCCUAAAAUCACAGAACAGCCCUGUCUAGGGAACCUUAAAUGCAAACCUUGUAGAGGAUUUAAAGUCACAGUCCUGACUGUGGCUAUAGGCAUCCUGCUCUGCUGAUAGUAGAGGAUCUUAAAAGAUUCUGUGUUAUGGCUGCUUGUAUAAAAUUCCCCUCAGUGUGUGAAAAUUGUUGAAGUAUGUGAAGCUUCAUGCAGAGAGAAGUUUUGAACAACAUAUGAAGUGCAUGUUAACAAUUAUGGAUAAUUUUCUGUCGGCAGCCAGCAGAACAAGCAGUCACAUUUUAAUACCCAGUAAAGGCAGUAUGGGAGCAGAAGUCCUCAUGUUUCAUUUUUCUAGUUCUGGUUAUCAAGAUAAGGAGCAUGAGUGACAACUAUCUUUUUAAUUAUGUUUCCUGUUUUGCAAUGGGAUUACUCAUUUCCUUAUUUCAAAUUGUAUUUCUCAAAUUGUACCCAUGUUUAAUUCUUCCUGGCAAAUUAUUCACUGAAAUCUUUUCUUUCACUAAAGACAUCUAUGACUGAAUAUUUGGAUUGUAUAAAUAGUUGUUAUAUGAAGAUAAAGAUGAAAUAUUUAGUUGAGGUUAACAUAUAUUCUUGACUGUUAUACAUGUAUCAUGUCCAGCUAACCCCUGGCUUAGUAGACACUAAGUGCAGUGACAUGAUGUGAGAGGAGUUCAGGAUUUGGAAACAGCACAGGCAAAUGGGUCUAAAUGUAAGCUUUCUUGUAUAGGCCUCCUGCUAAAUAUUUCUUGUUCAAAUAAGGGCAAAGAAUUUCCCCAGGUAGAGGAGAAGUCCUAUUCCUCACUUAUAAGUAAGCCUACUGUUCCUAAAAAAGCUGGGCAACUGCCAGACUCCUGAUCCUGCGGAGACUGGUCCAGUGCUUUUGUAGAGAGAAUAAGGCCUCAUCUGUCUUCUGGGAGGGACAAAAAAAAUCAGCAGUUUUGAAGAAAGAGCAAAAUGUUUAACAUCAUACUUUCCAGGCUUUUGGAUACUGGCAGCAUUCAUCCCUUUGUCAAGCUCAGUAUCCCUCAGGAAGCAGUGGUAUUGGUCUCUGAACUGCAAUCUUCCAACCCAUUAUCACUCCAUUUGAAAAUAUUGCAAAAAACAUUGAGCAUACAACUGUUACUUACUGUAAAGCACAAGUAUUCCUUAUACCAAAGGCAAAUGAUUUUGCAUGUAUCCACUGACUAGCUUUCAUUGUUGUUUUUUUAGUGUGCAACAUUUUCCCUUCUAGAGGGAUGGAUGUCAUUGCUAGAACAACCUUUUACAAAGUUUACAGAGCAUUUCGCUGCAGAUACCAUGGGUUCCAAUGCACUGAGGACUUGUUGAUAAGGCUGCAAAACUACAUUUGGCUGGGCACAGGCUAUGGACUUAAAACAAUAAUCCUCUGGAGAAAGAAAGUUGUGUUAUUUCAUUUACUAAUAAUAUUUCAUUUUUUUAAUUUAGAGCCUUAUUGAGUCUGGUGAACUUCAUUGCAUACACAAGUGCAUUCACAGUGUCUUAGAUCUAGAACAGGUGAUGCCACCUGUUCUAAUGUGCCUAUAAACAGCAGAAUUCAAGCCUGCUCCCUUUGCUUGCUGAGUGUGGCAGACUGAAGAGACAACUUGGCCUACAGUGUGUACCCAGCUGGCCAAAACUGCUUGUUCCUUGAGGGUGAAAUCGCACUACAUUUUUACAAUUGUAAAUGAACAUUACAUUACAGUAGAACUUUCCAUAGCAUACUAUUGCUUGUAUUACACUAUAUUUAGUAAACAAUGUAGAAAGGGAAGAUUAAAUGUACUGUAAUUUUUCCUCCUGAAAUCUGCACCAGACAUCAAAACAUUUUUUAUGUCCCCUGGAUUAGGGAUAUUAAAACAGAGAUUGUUUGGUGCGUAACCAGUAUGACUGUCAGAACCUAACUGCUUGUUUAAUCAAAGUCUGAAUGAAUGUUUUGCAAGUACUCUGGAAGAUCAGAAUGUGAAAUAAAGUUUGAUGUUAUAA